AAGAAGAAGAAGAAGAAGAAGAAGUAAGAGCUGUUUGGGAAGUUUUGUGAUUGGUUGUGGGUUGUGGGGUCCUUUCUGUUCUAUUCUCGUCUCGUUUAUGUCGAAUUGUCGAUGCAUUUUUCUAUUUUACCAAUGGGGAUACCUUUUUUCUUUCUUACUUUAUUCAUCUUUUAUUCAUUUUUUUUUCUUUUCGAUUUUUAUUUGUGGUUUUUGUACCGUUUGCUGGGUGCUGGGCGGGGCUGGGGCGGCUUUGUGGUUAAUGUACAAUUUGUUUUGGCGGUAUUUUUUUCGAUUUCGAGUUUGGGGCUGGGCUGGACUUCGGUGGUGAGGGGGCGGACUGCUGACUGGCUGGCUGGUUUUUGUCACCGGGGUUUUGAACAGUCGUCGUACUCUGAGGGGGUAUGUUUUUCGUAUAUGGUUUUAAUCUGUUUGCUCUUCUUGAUUGCUCUUCUUGCGUGGUUUCACGGAUGGUUUAUCAGGGUGGUUUUGGGGAUGGGGCGUAGGGAGUAGGGAGUUGGUGGCGAGUGAGAUGGAGAUACUAUGUGAGAGCGAGAUGUGUGGGGAUAUGUAUGUGGGAGACAGAGACAGAGACAGAGACAAAGAGAAUCGAACAGUGAUGAGAUGAGGGGAGAUUUGGGGUGAUUUGGGGGACGUCAUUUUUUUGCUGUUAUGCUGUGAGAUGAUGUGCUGGGUCGUGAUGUGCGUG